AUGGGGGGGACAACUACACUCUCUGUUCAUCGUUGCCGCUUUGUCGACUACUUGCCGUCCGCCAUCACCUCUCUGGCCUUUCCCCCUUUGCCUUUGCCGUCUUUAAAAGGCAAAAAGAAAGUAGAUUUCUCUAUAAAAGUCCCAAAAGUUGGGACACUCGUCGUUGGCAGAGCUAAUGGCAAUAUAGAGAUAUGUGAGUGGACGGGCUCACAGGCUGAGGUCCAGGCUCCUCAAGCUUGGGUCGUGCAAAAGACACUACCAGGUCCUCAUCAAUCUAAAGUUGAUUCUCUGGCUCUCACUCUUCGGCACGCUAUGGAUCCAGAGGACGUCCCGUCUCUUGUAGACCUCCGUCUCUUCAGUACAGGUGGUGGAAGUGAACUUUUAGAAUGGGAUAUUCUCAAUGGAUGUAUUCGGAGAACAAUCUCGUCCCAAGGAGGCUCCAUCUGGUCAAUAGCUGCCAAUCCAUCAUCUACUCUCCUCGCACUUGGCUGCGAAGACGGCUCCAUUCAUCUCUGUUCUCUAGAAGAUGACAGCCUUAGUCAUUUCCGCCAUCUCGACCGCUCCAAAUCUCGCAUUCUGAGUGUAGCUUGGGGUCCCCCCGUACCGCGUGAAGCAAAAAAAGGCCCACACUUGCCCUUGUCAGAGAAUGACGAUAGUGACGACGAUGAGGAUGAAUGGUUGGAUUCGUGGAUUGUCGCUGGAUGCUCUGAUAGCAGUUUGAGAAAGUGGGACAUUGCGACAGGAAGGGUCCUUGAUCGCAUGGGAACGGAUAAAAUGAGGGGUGAGCGGACAUUGGUCUGGACAGUUGGUGCCCUAGGAGAUGGUACAAUCGUAUCGGGAGACUCUCUUGGUAUGGUCAAGUUUUGGGAUUCACGAACUUGUACGCAACUGCAGAGUUUUCAAGCGCAUGGUGCUGAUGUUCUUUGCCUCAUAAUUGGCUCUGAUGGCACGACGGUCUAUACAUCCGGAGUGGACCAGAAAACAGCCCAGUUCUCCCUCAUCAAGACCUCAGGAUCGUCCCUUCUUUCAUCAGCAAGCCGUUGGGUCCAGUCAUCCUCCAAACGAAUGCACUCACACGACGUGCGAACUCUAGCGAUCUGGCCUCCUCAUACCCCACUACCGUCAUCCCAUCAUCGACGCUUCCCCAUUGAUGUUGCACCUAUACUCGCAUCCGGCGGCCUCGAUAUGUCAGUAGUCCUCACACCAGCCGCUCUCCCCCAAACAACAACAUCUGCCAAAAUUAUCAACCCCCUCUCUACAAGCACGGUCGCAACCUUCGAAGAUGCGUAUCAUCGACGACUCGCUUACUCUUCUGGGCCUAGUUCUACAAGCGCGAUUAAAGUGGCUAAGCAGACGCGACUGGUCAUGUGCAUGCGGGAAGCUAGUUUGACGGUUUGGAGGAUAUUGCCGAAAAGUCGUGUAGAGGAGGCAGAUCAGGAGCUGUCUGCGGACGGUCAGGCGGGAGGCUGGGAGCAGGUGUUGGACAUGGUGCUCAAUGUUCGCACUAAUUUGAUUGCUAGCGCAAUCUCGGACGACGGUGCAUGGCUUGUCGUUUCCGAUUUUUACGAGACCAAAUUAUUCUCACUGGAAGCAACCAAAUCUGGUGAUCUGAAACCCAAACGUGUUCGUGAGUUCGGUGAAGUCUUGCAGCAGCAUAUAGCAGGCUCGCCAACCUCCACUGGUGCAUCCUCGCUCGUGUUUAGUCCUGACUCGUCAAAGCUUGUGAUGACCCUUGCCGGUUCGUCAUAUAUUCUCGUGAUUGACCUCGGAAUGGACACCGGGAAGCCUCGCGUCCUGCGUCGAUUUAGUCAACAUCGAGUCAAGGAUGUCAUCAUUGGUGAGAGGACAGUGAAGGGCAGACGAAGCGAAGGUGUGGAGGAUGUUGAGAUGACCGAGGUCGAUACAAAUACCCAAAACGACGCCCCCAGCAUGGUGACCUCAGAUAUUGAUGAGCCAGCAUUCUCUAAGCCCGUUAUCGGGGCCGUCACUCGCAUGGCGGUCAGCCCUGAUGGUCAAUGGCUUGCAACUACCGACGACCACAGGCGCACGCACAUUUUCAACCUCGACUCCAUCCAACACCACACCGUCCUUCCAACCUUCCCACACCCUGUCCAUGCGCUCGCCUUCUCUCCAAGCACCCCUUCUCUACUUCUCCUUGCCUUUGCGAACAACAAUAUCGAAAUGUACGACGUCGAAGCACGACAAUUUCCCCCGUGGUCCCGCGAGUUGUGCGCGUCCCUCCCGAAGCGGUUCACUCAUCUACACGAUCCGGUCCUCGGCGUUGCGCUCAUGCCCGCAGCGGAACCAGGCAGCACGGCCACGAGCCUGGCGUUGUUCUGGGGCUCGACCUGGAUAUGCAAGGUCCAGUUGGAUGCCCCUGCCGGCUGGGGUGGGUUUGGGAAGAAACGCAGGCGGAAGCAGCACGCCCCGCCUGGCGCCCCGACGAAGGAAGACGGACAGAACUUCAAGUUGAUUACGCAUUACCGACCAAUCUUGUUCGUCGACUUUUUGGAUAUGGGUGAGCUGCUGGUCGUCGAGCGCCCUCUAGUAGAUGUGUUGGCCAAACUUCCGCCAGCGUAUUUCAAGCCCAAAUAUGGAGCCUCAUAG